AUGGAGAUGGCUGGCUGGACCUUCAAGAAUUGGCAAGACGCGGACUUCAAGCACAAGAACUAUAAGAAAGGAGUUCCUGGUGGGUCCUACUGGGGAUUCCAUGGUGGCGAUAAAGCCCUGGAGAUGUCGCUGAUUCUGAAAGGAAGUGGGCGCAUAGCACUUUGGUACGGCAAGCAAAUCAAGCAUGGCUCCGUCGAGGUGAUGAUCAACGACAAGCGACAGGAUCAAAUCAAGAAAGGCAAGAAGGUGUUGAACAAGUACUUGGAGUUGAGCUUCAAAGACGGAGAUGUUCUGAAAAUCGGAGAGUAUGCCACCUCGGUGACGAUCUUGACCAAGGUGGUCUUCGAUUGCGCCCCGGAGAUUCCAGCACCAAGCAGCCAGUGUACCGCGGAGAAGAACCUCAACAACUUUGGAUCGGUCAAGAAGAUGAAGGCUAAUGGUUGGGUCUUCAACGCGAAGAAGUUAAACUUCAAGAACAAGAGAUAUGGGACAGGAGUGCCCGCGGGCUCCUUUUGGGGCUUCAGAGGUGGCAAACCGGCCCUGGAAAUGUCCACCACCUUGAAGGGCAGUGGCAAGCUUUUGGUGGUCUACGGCAAUCAACACAAUGGGGGAGUGGUGAAAGUCUUCCUCAACGACGAACAAAUUGGCAUUGCUGGGCGUCGGAAGCUGUAUCAAUAUGUGGAGACACCCUUCAAAGACGGUGACGUGUUGAAGCUGGGUGAGUACAAUACAGCUGUCAUGGUCGUGACUCGUGUGCUGAUUGACUGCGCGCUCAGUAGUGCUCCUUCUGGAAAGGCAUGGUGCAGAGGGACACUGUCAGGCACUGCGGAGAAGGGCGGCUGCAACGACAAGCUGGAGAAUUGCGCCAACCACUACAUCAGCACGAGCACCGAAGGUCUAUACCUGCAGUGCGGACCUUCAGGUCUCAACUGUUUGGCUAUCGGACCGGCAUGUGAACCGGUACCUACUUUGUAG